AGAAAAAAUUGAUGCUCCUCCGCUGCCCUUCCAUCUUUGUGAGACUUCGGUUUCCAGACCAGAGGCCCUCAAAACUCUCUGCAAAACCAAAAAUCCCCCACUUUACCCGUUUCCCAUUUCAACUCCUCUCUCUCUCUCUCUCUCUCUCGCUCUCUGAUUGAAGCUGGGCCAUAUCAUAGCCAUUGAAGCCGGCGACUUUUUGGGACGAUGACCUCCAUCACCUCCGUCGAGUUGAAUUUCCUCGUCUUUCGUUACCUUCAGGAAUCAGGCUUCACACACUCAGCUUUUGCUUUAGGAUAUGAGGCCGGUAUCAACAAAAGCACUAUAGAUGGCAAUUUGGUUCCACCUGGUGCCCUCAUUACAUUUGUACAAAAAGGACUUCAGUACUUGGAGAUGGAAGCUAACUUGAGUAAUAGUGACGCAGAUUUGGACGAGGAUUUCUCAUUGAUAAACCCUUUAGAUCUUAUCACGAAGGAUUUAUAUCAACUUAGGCAAAUGAUUAAAGAGAAAAGGAAGAAUUUACAGAAGGAUAGAGACAAAGAUAAAGAGCGCGAGUCUUAUCAAAAGAAAGAUAAGGAGCUUGAAAAAGAUCAUGAAGGAGAACGUGCACGAGUAAAAGAGAAGGAAAGGCAAGAAAGGGAGAAGGAAUUUGAAAAGGACAGAGAAAGGGUAGAAAAGAAUAAGGAGCAAGAAAAGCAGCAUGAGGACCACAAUGACAGAGAUAUGGUUACUGAUCAGGAAGAGAAGAUUAAUGUCAAACAUGAAGAAAAUGGAGCUUCUGGAGAACCAAUGGAUAUUCCUACAACAUAUGUUGAAAUCCCUAGUUCUGAUGUGACAAUUCUAGAAGGCCAUACUUCUGAGGUAUGUGCUUGUGCUUGGAGUCCAGCAGGGUCUCUUCUUGCAUCAGGGUCUGGAGAUUCGACAGCUCGUAUUUGGACCAUUGCUGAAGGAAGCUCCAGAUUGUCACAAAAUGGCUCCUCAAAUGUGUUGGUUCUGAAGCAUGUUAAGGGUAGAACAAAUGAAAAGAGUAAAGAUGUCACAACACUGCAUUGGAAUGGAGAGGGAACACUGCUUGCAACGGGCUCGUAUGAUGGGCAAGCAAGAAUUUGGACUACAAAUGGUGAAUUAAGAAGUACUUUGAGCAAACAUAAAGGACCUAUAUUCUCUCUAAAGUGGAACAAAAAGGGGGAUUAUCUUCUUACGGGAAGCUGCGAUAAAACUGCAAUUGUGUGGGAUGUGAAGGCAGAAGAAUCGAAACAGCAGUUUGAAUUCCAUUCAGGUCCAACACUUGAUGUUGACUGGCGCAACAAUAGUUCAUUUGCAAUGAGCUCAACAGACAAUAUGAUAUAUGUUUGCAAAAUUGGGGAAACCCGCCCUAUUAAAACUUUUACAGGCCAUCAGGGUGAAGUUAAUUGCGUUAAAUGGGAUCCAACCGGUUCAUUGUUGGCUUCAUGUUCUGAUGAUAUCAGUGCAAAGAUAUGGAGCAUGAAGCAGGAAAAAUAUGUCCAUGAUUUAAGAGAGCAUUCUAAGGAGAUAUACACUAUCAGAUGGAGUCCCACUGGGCCGGGAACAAACAACGCUAACCAGCAGUUAGUUCUUGCAAGUGCAUCGUUUGACUCCACUGUGAAGCUAUGGGAUGUGGAACUAGGAAAACUUCUCUACAGCUUGAAUGGACACAGGGAUCCUGUUUAUUCUGUUGCCUUCAGCCCAAAUGGUGAGUUUUUGGCCAGUGGAUCUCUUGAUAAAUCCAUGCAUAUCUGGUCACUGAAGGAAGGCAAGAUCGUGAAAACAUACACAGGAAAUGGUGGUAUAUUUGAAGUCUGCUGGAACAAGGAAGGUGACAAAAUUGCUGCAUGUUUUGCCAACAAUACUGUCUGCGUUUUAGAUUUUAGAAUGUGACUCUGGAAAUCCUAAAUUACCUUGUAUUGGAAUUAGUUGGUCGUCAAAGCCCAGCCAUAGAUUAGUUCUUUGUAUUUGAUCGGGAUGGGUGCCAAUUAGGUGGAUAGGCUUGCAUUUUAACCGUAGAUCAAGGCUCUACUCUCUAAUGUUCAUUUAGUUUGUAAGCUCUUGUCCUGAUUCAAUUGUCAAUCAGGCUUUCAUGCUUUUUCUAGGAGAGUAUGUACAGGAUUAUUUGUAACAUUUUUAGUUAGGCUUGUUAAUGGAGCAUGCUUUUCUCUUAGAGCAUCCAAA